AUGGGUGCUCCGCGCAUUGGGUACCUUCCGGUGGAACACAUGCAAUUGCAAUAUAACGAAAAGCAGGUGGAGGACGUGAAUUCUUUAGCGACCGAACUUGCAAAAGUGACUGCAAAAGAGCGGGCUUUGCUUGAACAAUGCAAAGAUUUUUUGUCCAUGUUAACAGCUGCACAGGUUAAGGACUGUAGCUUGAGGACACAUAUAUUACUACAUAAUCGUGUAUCAACUGCCUGACAACACAUGUGCAGAACUGAUCUAGUUAGACUAUCUACUCUAAAUGCUAACGUUACACAAAACCUGUCAACGUAACAGAGGUAGCAGUCCAGGUAAUAAGAAUGCUUCCAACAGCUUUAUUUUGGCUUCUCAUUUGACAUUUUUGAAAUCAUUGAGAUCUUCCCUGUUAUGUAUCUCAUGUAUCCAAUGAUUUCGGAAAAUGGCCUUUUCCUCUUAACUAAUUUGAUGUAUACACCUUUUUCCUAUUGUUCGACAAAAAGAAAACUGAUGUAUAUAUGUAAUUGAGAU